GCGGGGCAGGUUGGGCGGUUCGGCGGGCGGCUGCGGGGCGGCGAGGGGCACGGCCGGCGCUCGCUGCCUCCGCCCGCCCGCCAUGAACUCCCUGGACCAGGCUGAGGAUCUCAAAGCUUUUGAAAGACGACUUACUGAAUAUAUUGCAUGUUUGCAACCAGCUACAGGACGUUGGAGAAUGAUUCUGAUAGUGGUAUCAGUCUGCACAGCAACUGGUGCUUGGAAUUGGUUGAUAGACCCUGAGACACAAAAGGUGUCAUUUUUCACAUCACUUUGGAAUCACCCAUUUUUCACAAUUAGCUGUAUUACCCUAAUAGGCUUGUUCUUUGCUGGAAUACAUAAAAGAGUGGUGGCACCAUCAAUUAUAGCAGCCCGAUGUCGAACUGUUUUGGCAGAAUAUAAUAUGUCCUGUGAUGAUACUGGAAAAUUAAUUUUGAAACCUAGGCCUCAUGUUCAAUAAGGGCUGUCUUCCUUCUCUUUUUUUUCCACUGCCAUGGAAACCAAAAAUGACCUUUUUUAAAGGUAGUAUGACAGCAAAAAAACUCAAACCACCAAACAGGACUGGUUGUCACUGCCUGGGAGUGAAAGUCUUACACAGUUGACAGUGAAAGUGUGCAAUAUUACUUUCUUGACUAUUUAUCCAAAUUCUUUGUCAUCAUAUUAUCAGCGCUUUUGCUACUUCUGAUUACCUCUUUUUCAGUAUUAGUGUCACUUUUUUACUUCAGCUAGAACAGAACAUACAGGUGAAGUAUGUCAAUCGGCUAUGAAGUUGAACUUGAAAAUCAAACCUUGUUUGUGUUACGUGUCUUUGUAAGCUAUUGUAAAUAGCAGAUCAAUGCCAAUGUUCAGGAAAAGGAGUAAUAUUCGCUGUAUAGAUUUUUUUUUUUCCUCAUGAACAGUAUUGAAAGGAAAACUUACCAUUCCCAUGAUGUUUUAUUGGCACACUUACUCAUUACAGCUGUUCUUGUCUCCUGGUCACUCUGGGACUGGUAAAAGGCUUGCAGAAAGACUGUCUGUGCUGGAGAAGAUGGGUCUUGCUGUUGGAGAACUUUGCAAAGACAUCAAGGAUCGCUUUUGUCAGACUGUAUGUACAGUGCACCAGCCACCUGCAUUGUGGUCAUACCUAGUUCCUUGUUCUAUCUGGUUCCCAACACUGCUAUUUUAAGAUUUUAAUAUUUAAAAAAUUGUCUUAAAUAUGCCUGUAUCUUCCCAUUUGCAAGUUUGUACUGUAUCUUAAAUCCACAUGAACAUCCUGAGUGGAUUUUUAUGCAGCGAUAGGCUGAAUAUGAGACUAGUAUUGCAAAUGUGUAACUUCAUCUUUGGUGAAGAAAAUGUAAAGAGUGCCACAAUGAAAUAACCAGAUUUGUUAUUCAGAGUGUUUAAAAACAAGAUGUGGAUGUUAAAUGCAUAUAGUGUAACUUCUCAAUAGCUAAAAUUGUAAAGAGUUUUAAGAGUUUUGAGUUGUUCAAGGUGCCUUUUUACUUGUUUCAGACCCUUUUAAUUGACUAAAACUGCAAAGCUGUUGCAACUUCAGUAAUUCCUACUACAAGGUAGACUGGCUUUUAAAGGCAGCCUGUUGAUGUAACUUUGUCAAUUGAGACAUUGUCUCCUGGACUUUUUGCAAGUCUUCUGCCCAUUCAUUAUUUUUAACUGCUGUAUAUUUUGUAGGUAAAUGUGUAUAAAAUAAAUACUUUGUAUAAAUA